AUGGGUGUUUCAGAGGGCAAUGUGACCCAACUGUGCCCUGACCGUCGAGGCUCCUAUCCAGUCAUCAAUUCCAACUCCAUGUCCUCAGCCAGCCCGAUUGCUGUACCGAGUGGACUCGUGGUCACUCUGACCUUGUCGUGGCUGCGGUUUGUUAUGCACAAGCAUUCCAAGUUCCAGCGCCAACGGAGACGGGAUUCUCAUGACCGCAUCAGUGACCGCCAAUACCGGUCUGCCCAGCUGCCCAGCUGCCACUCUGCGACUGCAGACACCCCUCUCCUCCCCCUUGUAAAAGUCAAUCCCACAUUCAACCAUAUCUGA